AUGGAUCUUCAAAAACCGAAAAAGUCUCGACCGGACACUCAUGACCAGGAUGACAGUUCUGAAUAUCGAGUGAAUGGAUACGGACCAGCAGGCGCCAUGGAGAACGACGACACUGAUCCCCGACAGGAUCUUGAGCACGAGGUGACCAUCAAACUGGACACCAAACGGGAUAUAUCCAGUUCUUCGACUUUGCAGCAGCUUGUGAAAGCUCCGAGGCUCAUGACACUCCCGCUUAGGCGUCGCGUUUCACGCAUCACGGCCACGCGCAUCCCGAAAGGCAUUCCGUUGGACUCCCGUCAAAAGACUCGACUACGAUAUGCCGAUAUGAUACCGCCCGUUACGAAAGAAACACUCAGUGAGCUGGACCUAGAACGCAUCAUGCAAAACAUACAACUCCGCGUUGAUGCGAAUUUUGAAUCUGGUCUACACUUCUUGCUCGAUCUUAACGGGGAAAAAGGCAGGCAGAAGAAGAUCAUGACGGACGAGUACUGGGAAGCGCUAUCGAUAGAGAUCAUGAUAUACACAUACGUCAAUAUGAAUCGCCCUCAGGCUGGUGAGAUUGGUAUGGUUCACGUACCGGAUAUGAUGACGUUGAUGAAGGACGAGAACCUCUUUCAACCGCGAUUGCCUAUCAUGUUCGAGACUUUGCAUGGUAUCCUUAUGACUCUUGUACCUGAGAAGGAUCAUCCUAGCGUUUCGCAAAACCUAGAUAUCUCGCAUUUGAUGCAGCAGGUACACAAAGGUGUGCUCGACCUUGUUAGCCUUUCAAAGUGGCUCGCAGACCUUCUGAAGAUGCAUUGUGCUCCUAUGAGGGAUCAUCUCGCCGAUGAAAUGGCUGCAGAAAUAGGCACAGGAUCAACGCAAGCAGAUGUGGCCAUGCUGGUCAGUGGGUUGCGAAAAUUAUUCAGUGUUCUGGAAAUGAUGAAAUUGGACGUUGCAAAUCAUCAAUUAGGCGCCUACCAAAUCGUGUUGAUCGAGAAUACAAUUCCUUUUCUCCACGACUGCUUUUCGCGACGUAUCUUGGCGCACGAAUUCAAGGUUGACGAAACAAAAGCGUGGUACCUGGGCCUUCAACAGCGAGUGCCAGAACCACUAAAGGAAGGCACUAAUCGAUCGUUUUAUCCAUUGUCAGUUUUGCUGUACGGGUUGUGUGAACAACUCUUGCUGCCAGACAGGCAAGUAAAACUCCCCGAGCCUUUCGAGUUCGAUUUGGCCCGUCUGCGCCGACUCCGGUCCGAGGUUCAAAAAAUCAUCAAUGUGCAUGUUUGCUGGUCCGUUCUUGAGUCAUUGUUUCAAGGUCUGAAUUUGAAGCGCCCCUUUAACUCCAAAAUGCAUUCAUCAUUCGUGAUGCGCGUAUCGGCGCUCUUGGAAGAGGACAAAGACACAAAGUCAAAACCUUCCGGUCUAGGUACACGUCUACCGAACGAUUCCUGCAUCGCAAUGGAAAUGGCACGAACAGUAUGUGUUGCCAUUGGUCAAGUGGGUGAAAUAUCGGACGACAUCCUGGAACAGGUCGAAGAUGCCAUUAAAAAGGCAUUUGCCGGCGACUCUGCUCAGUUACAACUGGUUCGCAACUGUGUACACCAACAGUUAUUGCAGGCUACUUGUGAGGUUGCGCAGCGAUAUGUCAGCAUGUCGCCACUUGAAAUUUGCGAAUCGCAACGACGACAUGCUUAUCUUCAAUCUUCGUCCUCGGACUUCAGUUUUAUCGCAACAAAACUGGCUCAUAUCGGAGUUUUACACUGGCGAGUAUGGGCUCCUCUGGUUUACGUUUCACAGGUGUCUGUUGUUCAUGAGCUCAGCGCCGAGCCAUGA